CACCGGGUUUAAACCCGGUGCUUUGGUAAAAACCCAAUAAACACCCAUAAACUCCCAUAAUCACCCAAAAAAAUAGGUUUUUACGUAUUUUUUUGAAAAUAUGUAAGUAAUACCAAUAAAUUAUUUUUAUAAAUUGUAUUGAUCAAUUCUACAAUAUUAAAUAAAACGUUAACUAAUAAUAUUUCAGGAAAUUUUAAAAAUCUAUAUAUAAUAAAAUGAAAGUAAUUAAUUUUCAGUGUUUUCAUGUUGCAGUUGAUCAACAUGUUGGCCUUUUGCUUCCCGUAGAUACUUUAAAAUUUCUUCAUAACACCUCGUUCGCACACAUGGCCGUAUAUAUUUAAAUUCUUGAGCCACUAACAGUCCGAAAUACUCAUUUCUUUUAUCCUCUUCUCCAUAAAUUAAGCAUUUAGAACAGUUUGUUUCUUCUUUCAGUAAAUUUUCUUUUACUUUAUCCUCGUUUUUUUCUUUGUUGCGACGACGCUGGGUAAAUCAUCUGGACACUGGGUCUCACUAUCGCCAAAUAUAUUUGGAGAUCGGCUUCGGCUACGGCUUGGCAGACAUUUUUUUCUUUCUACAAUUUUAAAUUAAAUUUAUUAGAAUAAAUGCUUCGAACACACGCGAUCUAAGUACCUUUUGUGUUUAUUAUACCUUACCUACAUAGGUAUAAAAAGAGUACUUACGUAGAUUUUCUUUUAUUAACUGUUUUAUACGAAGAUCUUGAUCUCUCAAAUUAGCAUCCAUUUUACUUCCAGUGAUUAUCAACUAAAUUAAUAAUCCAGAAAGUAUUAAAUAACGUUUUUAUGAAAUAUUUAGCACAAAAACAAUACCCUUUAAAUAUCGAUCGUCAGUAACUGUGGCUGACUUACCUAUAUUCUAGCAAGCAGGACUGCCAGAUGUGAAGGGGAAAUCCCCAAUAAAUUGUUGCAUGUGACUGAUGAUGUGAGCAUGUUCGUUUCAUAAUAAAAAUGUUGCCAGGUAACCAAAAAGUCGUAUGUUUUUGUGCGAAUUACGAUCAUAAUCUUUACGAUCGUACAUUAAAAAAUAGACAAAUAAUAGUAUGAGUACGAUUUAAAUCGUAUAUCUGUCAACCCUGCUAGCAAGACAGCGACAAAAUCACGUUGCAUAACAAUGUAGCCCAAGCUUAUAUCUUAUGAAAUAUACGGAAGAGAUACGGACUUAGAAAAAACAGAAAUGUUGUUCUUUGUGGAAGUCAUUGAUGAAAUUCUAUGUAUUUUAGCCCGCAAACUUUCUUCAAACAAAAACAGCGCCAUCUAGUAUCGAGUUCUGUAAUUAUCUCUUUGUUUAUGGAUUUGAAGUAAGACCGCCACGCAUGCAAUACAUUAUGACUGGGGAUUCCCCUAUUCGUCGACGCUGAAUAUGAGGCGACGACAAUCACUGUCAAACGUGUUCACUAUUACUCUGACUCUGGUAACGUGACUUCCUGGUAACGUGUUAGGUAGGAAAAGCAGUAAAAAAGUGCAUAUUAAGGGAGCAGAUUUGAAAUAAUAUUUAUACUUAACAAGAAAUAAUUAAAGGUUCAAUGGGGAGACCUAAAGAUUUACGCAUAUGGGAGCACUACCGUACUUUACCAAACAAGUCUGUUUCUUGCAAGCUUUGUAAUAAGGUCUACAAAUUCAGUAAUGCUGCCAAAAUGCUUCAACAUCUUAUCACUUGUCCAAAAUCUCCAGAAACAUUAAAAGACUCUAUGAAACUUAUAAAAGAUAGCUCGUCCAAAACCAAAAUGUCUGGACUGUCAGAGAUAGAGACAAAUGAUUCUUUUAUAAGCCCCUCGUCGUCUGCUAACACUACAAUAAAUGCUGAGUUUCAAGACACCGAUGAUCAUAUAAAAACAGAAUUAGCGAGAGCUAUAUUUGUAAAAGGGACGCCAUUAUCGAUGGUGCAACAUCCUUUAUGGAUACAAUUUUUCGAAAAAUUGCAACCAAAAUUUAAAAUACCUUCACGUAAAGCUUUAGCGACAAAAUACUUAGAUAAAAUAUAUAGAGAAAUGCGUUUUGAGUUAAAUGAGGAACUAAAUGCUUGUAGUUACUUACACCUUCAGUGCGAUGGCUGGUCUAAUUUAAGAAAUGAAGGAAUAAUAAACUUUCUUAUAUCAAAACCUCAACCUGCAUACGUUAAAAGUUUGAAUACAGAAAGUAAUCCUCACACUAGUGAAUACCUUAGCCAAGAAGUUGAAAAAGUAAUGAAAGUGUAUGGAGCAAAUAAGUUUCUUGUACUUAUUGGCGAUAACGCUAGAAAUAUACAAAAGGCAUUCGAAUUAACAAAACUCAAAUAUCCACAUGUUGUUCCUCUCGGUUGCUGUGCACAUAUCCUUAACUUGUUGUGCCAAGAUAUUGUAAAGAUACAAGAAGUAACUGUGUUUAUUAUGCAAGCCAUAAAUAUAAUAAAAACUGUUAAAAGGAGUCAACGAUUAAGUUCCUUGUUGAUAAAAUCAAGGCAGGGUGAAGAUUCUACACAAACACUAAAAUUGCCUUGUGCUACAAGAUGGGGAAGUCAUGUUACUUCGUUAAAAAGUUUGAAAGCAAAUAAGAUAGCUUUGCAAAUAUUAACAGUUAGAGAAGAUGUGGUAAUUUCAAGAGAUAUUAAAGAUUUAAUUCUAAGUGAUGAUUUCUGGACGAAGACAGGGGAAUGUAUAAGUAUUUUGGAACCAGUCACUGAAAGCAUAUUUUACUUAGAGAGCGACCAGAAUCGUUUGCAUCGCACAUACAUUACAUUUAGAGAUGUACAAGCUAAGAUACGUUUUGCAUUAAAUGAGAUUUCGACAUUGAGCGAAGAAAGCAAACAGCAGAUUCUAACAUCAGUAUCUUCAAGAUGCAAUAUGGCAAUGAGGCCAAUACAUUUUGCAGCAUAUAUUCUAGACCCCAGGACUCUAGGAGUCGAACUUACUCAAGAGGAAGAACUUAAGGGUAUGGAGUUUAUCUACAAUUUAAGCCAACACUUAAGUUUGUCAAAUGUAAUGGCAGAUUUGGCGUGUUAUAAAGCUAAAGAAAACUUUUGGGCCAGAGGAUUUGUAUGGAUCUCAUUAGAUAGCAUUGAGCCCCUAAUAUGGUGGAAAGGUAUUUGUGGUUCCACUGAGUUAAGCAAAGUAGCGAUUCGUAUUCUAUCAGCUCCCUGUACUUCGGCAGCCACUGAGCGUUCCUUUAGUAUCCAAGGCUACAUACAUAAUAACAAAAGAAAUCGACUUACAACUGAAAGAACUGAAAAAAUUUCAUUCAUUUGUUAUAACUGGAAUCUUAAACAUAAAGCUGAAUGCGAGGACAUUCAGUUUAAUGAAGAAAAUACCUUAGAAGCUUUCAUUGAGCAAGUAAAUGAACAUAACAGUUUAGACGAAAUAGAGCCUAUCGAACCUAUACAAUUCAUCGCUUGUAAUAACUCUGAAUCUGACAGUGAUUGACUGUAGUUUUACAUUUUACUUUCAUCUCUUUCUUAAUAAACUCAAAAUCAAAUUAAAAGUUUUUUAUUCUGUAGGCUGCAUAAUAAUAUUGUAUAUGUCCAGUAUAGUGGACGUCUUGCGGCUGAGAUGACGAUGAUGAAGUACAAAAUCAUAAACACCCAAAAAUUUGGGUGUUUAUUGGGUUUAAACCCAAUAAACCCAAAACACCCGGUUUUUACCCACCAGACU